AUGUCGCCUAAAAAAUACCUCAGUGGCUCAGUUAAGCGAAAAUUAAAAGAAAAAAAAGAAAGAAGAAUUUAAAAAGUUGCGUGAAAAUUUAAAUAAAUUUGUUUUCACAAUAGAUGAACCAUCUUUAACAGAAACGCCGUUAGCUGUUGAAAAUUCAGAAAGUAAGUAACUUAAAAUACUUUAUAACCAAUUUUGAUAUUAUAUAUAUAUAUAUGUAUAUUAUUAUUAAUCAUAUAUGCCAUACCUAUAGUUUUUAUAAAAUUAAAGAUUUGGUUUUGAUAUUUUUACAGCAAAUUCGCAAAAUACAAGUUUAGAAGCCAGCCAUAUUAAAUUAAUCGAUACAACAAAAAAUGGAGAAUCCACAAAUCGUAGGGUAAGUUUACAUGAAAAUAAACUUGUAUCUCAGAGUAAUCAUCAAACCGAUAAGCAGUUAAAUAUUACUAAUAAUGAACAACAAAAUAAUUUCGAAAAUUACACUGAUGACAUUGUUUUUUGGCCAUUAUCACUUUCUGACAGUUUUCAAGAGUUUUUUACUGUACAUUCCCCCCAAACCAAAAUAUACAUGCUAUAG